CUCUAUGGUUCUUCUUACCAAAGCACCUCCCCUCGACCCAUCAGGGUAAUUCACUUACUUUUCUCUUGCUCACAAGGGCUACAGUGCAGUUUUCCAUUCAGGGGAACAUAUCCCGUGACAAUAACGGACUCCUCCAGGCACUGCGAGACAUCUGAGCCUUCAGUCUGGAGUGCACAAGCUUGAAGUUCGCGUCUAUAGAGCUCAUUGGAAAGGAAGAGUUUUACUGCAAGUGAGGCACGUUUAACAGCGCUUUAGGAGUCGCACAGAAGGGGCCAAUGGGAGUGUGGAAGCUGGCCAAGGUGGUGCUUGGAUGGGCUGCGAUCUGGUGGGCUGCGGUCCAUUCGGCGCAGGCGCAAGGAGAUGGAGACAUCCAGGCCAGUCGAUUCAAUGGAAAACCUGAGGGGGAGGUGCAACAGAGGGUCCGUCGGAGAGGCCAGGAGUCCCUCAGGGGGCCCAACGUAUGUGGUUCCCGCUUCCACUCCUAUUGUUGUCCAGGGUGGAAAACGCUUCCCGGUGGGAACCAGUGUAUAGUUCCAAUCUGUAGGAACUCAUGUGGGGAUGGCUUUUGCUCGAGGCCCAACAUGUGUACCUGCUCCAGUGGUCAUCUUGCCCCUAGCUGUGGUGCGGCCGCAGUCCAGUCCUGCAGCAUCAGAUGCAUGAAUGGAGGGGUCUGUAAUGAAGAUGCCUGCUCGUGUCAGAAGGGCUACACAGGAAGUCACUGUGGACAGCCUGUGUGUGAGAGCGGAUGUCAAAAUGGCGGGCGUUGUAUUGGACCCAACAGAUGUGCUUGUGUCUACGGUUUUACUGGGCCGCAGUGCGAGAGAGACUACAGGACCGGGCCGUGCUUCACACAAGUCAACAACCAGAUGUGCCAAGGUCAGCUGAGCGGCAUCGUGUGCACCAAGACGUUGUGCUGCGCCACCAUUGGGCGAGCAUGGGGUCACCCAUGCGAGAUGUGCCCUGCCCAACCCCACCCUUGCCGAAGAGGUUUCAUCCCCAACAUCCGCACUGGUGCUUGCCAAGACGUGGACGAGUGUCAGGCCGUCCCAGGACUGUGUGCUGGAGGAAACUGCAUUAACACAGUGGGCUCCUAUGAGUGCAAAUGUCCCGCGGGUCACCGGCAAAGUGAGACCAACCAGAAGUGUGAAGAUAUCGACGAAUGCACAACCAUAUCCGGAGUGUGUGACGGCGGGGAAUGUACCAACACCGCCGGCAGCUAUGUGUGCACCUGUCCGCGGGGAUACGUUACCAGCACAGACGGCUCCAGAUGUGUCGAUCAUCGGGUCGGUACGUGUUUCUCUACUUUAGCGAAUGGCCGAUGCGCGAGCGAACUGUCCGGUCAGUACACCAAGAUGCAGUGCUGCUGCGACACAGGCCGCUGCUGGGCACUCGGACACAUCCCAGAGAUGUGCCCCGUCAGAGGAUCUGAUGAAUACAGACGACUGUGCAUCCAGAGGCUUCCGUUUGCCACCGGUAACGGCGGCGGGAUCAUCCACGACGGCAACGGCGGUCUGAACAUCGGUAUUGGCAGCUACGGCAAAGGUCCCUCGCAGAACGGAAACGGCGGCGGCUACAUUUUAACUGGCGCCCCCGCGCCAGCUGAACGAGACAACAAUAUACACGUGCAAAAACAUUUCACCAACCUGUGCCUGAACGGCCGCUGCAUUCCCACGCCCACCAGCUACCGCUGCAAUUGCAACAUGGGCAGCUCACCCGCUGAAAUUGCAUACAUGGGGAUACCGGCAGGACGGCGUGCGCGGCGGACCUGCAUCCAUAAACCUUGUCUCUCAUACAUCUGCUUUCUACCCUCAGAUGUGGACGAGUGUGUCAGUAACCCGUGUGUGAAUGGAGACUGUGUCAACACACAAGGAUCGUAUCACUGCAAAUGUCACGAGGGAUACCAGGGAACUCCCACCAAACAGGCCUGCAUUGACAUCGACGAGUGUAUCGUGAACGGCGUUAUGUGCCGUAACGGACGCUGUGUGAACACGGAUGGAAGUUUCCAGUGCAUCUGUAAUGCUGGCUUUGAAAUCAGUCCUGACGGGAAGAACUGCGUCGAUCAUGAUGAAUGUGCCACCACCAACAUGUGCCUCAACGGCAUGUGCUUAAAUGAAGACGGAAGCUUCAAGUGUAUCUGCAAACCUGGAUUUGCUUUGGCGCCCAAUGGACGCUACUGCACUGACAUCGACGAAUGCCAGACCUCAGGCAUCUGUAUGAACGGCCGCUGCGUGAACACCGAGGGCUCUUUCCGCUGCGAGUGCCCGCCAGGACUAGCCAUAGACAUGGACGGCCGCGUCUGCGUGGACACCCACAUGCGCACCACCUGCUAUGGCGCAAUAAAGAUGGGCACGUGUUCGCGUCCAUUCCCUGGGGCAGUGACGAAGUCUGAAUGCUGCUGUGCCAACCCUGAACAUGGCUUUGGAGAACCCUGCCAACCCUGCCCGGCGUUCAACUCUGAUUUGAAUCUCUGUCAAAACGGGAUCUGCGAGAACUUGCGCGGGAGCUACCGUUGCAUCUGUAACAUCGGCUACGAGUCCGACGCUAGCGGCAAGAAUUGCGUGGACAUUAACGAAUGUUUGGUGAAUCGGUUACUGUGCGACAAUGGCAUGUGUAGAAACACGCCCGGAAGUUACACUUGCUCUUGCCCCAAAGGAUUCUCCUUCAAAGCUGACUCUGAGACUUGCGAAGACAUCAACGAAUGUGACUCCAACCCCUGCAUCAAUGGUGUGUGCCGCAACGUAGCCGGUUCCUUCAACUGUGAAUGUUCCCACGGCAGCAAGUUGGACUCCACCAACACCAUCUGCGUAGACAGCAUGAAAGGAACCUGCUGGCUAAACAUCCAGGACGGCCGCUGUGAGGUGAAUAUAAACGGGGCCACGCUGAAGUCCGAGUGCUGCUCUACGCUGGGGGCGGCCUGGGGAAGCCCAUGUGAACGCUGCGAAAUUGAUCCAGCCUGUUCGAAAGGUCUCGCUCGCAUGAAGGGACUUGUGUGUGAAGAUAUUAAUGAGUGCGAGGUGUUUCCCGGCGUGUGCACAAACGGACGCUGUGUGAACACGCAGGGCUCGUUCCGAUGCGAGUGUCCGGAGGGACUUACACUGGACGGAGCCGGACGAACAUGUGUUGACAUCAGAAGUGAGCAGUGUUAUAUGAAAUGGGACGAGGAUGAGUGUGUGGAGCCGUUACCGGGCCGGUAUCGCGUGGAUAUGUGCUGCUGUACGGUGGGAGCGGCAUGGGGUGUGGACUGUGAGGCCUGUCCCAAACCAAACACCCCCGAAUUCAAAACCAUCUGCCCGAGGGGACCUGGAAUCGCUAACAGAGGAGACAUCCUGACAGGACGACCCUUCUACAAAGAUGUGAACGAAUGUAAGGUCUUCAGAGGCCUGUGCACUCACGGGACAUGCCGAAACACCAUCGGAAGCUUCAAAUGCCGCUGCGACAGUGGCUUCGCCCUCACCAUGGAGGAGAGGAACUGCACAGAACACGGCGUCUGCGUCAACACGCCCGGCAGCUUCGAGUGCGAGUGCUUCGACGGCUACGAGAGCGGCUUCAUGAUGAUGAAGAACUGCAUGGACAUCGACGAGUGCGAGCGCAACCCCCUGCUGUGCCGCGGCGGGACGUGCAGCCUAAAAAACAAGCUCAUUCAUGAGAUUUCCCCCUCAGAUGUGAACGAGUGUCAGCUGAGUGAUAACCUGUGCAGGAACGGUCAGUGUGUGAAUAUGGUGGGCACCUAUCAGUGCUCCUGCGACACGGGAUACCAGGUGACGCCCGACAGACAGGGCUGCGUGGACAUCGACGAGUGCACCAUCAUGAACGGCGGCUGUGAUACUCACUGUACGAACUCGGAGGGAAGUUACGAAUGCAGCUGCAGCGAAGGUUAUGCGCUCAUGCCUGACCUCAGGACCUGCGCCGACAUCGAUGAGUGUGAAGACACGCCGGACAUCUGCGACGGUGGCCAGUGUACGAACAUCCCUGGAGAAUAUCGCUGCCUCUGCUACGACGGCUUCAUGGCCUCCAUGGACAUGCGCACCUGCAUCGAUGUGAACGAAUGCGAUCUGAAUCCGAACAUCAAAACGAACAAAGACUCCUAAAACACCAAAUGCCACCUCAUAUACCACUUCAAGAUAAGAUACCCACCCAAGAAGGGCUCCACCGGAUGCACAGAUAUCGAUGAGUGUGAGGUCGGCGCUCAUAACUGCGACAUGCACGCCUCCUGCGUCAACGUCCCGGGGAGCUUCAAGUGCCGCUGCCGCGACGGCUGGGAGGGCGAUGGGAUCAAGUGCGUCGAUGUGGACGAGUGCGUGACGGAAGAACACAACUGUAACCCGAACGCUGAGUGCAUGAACACGCCGGGAUCGUACCGAUGCACCUGUAAGGAGGGAUUCAACGGCGACGGAUUCACCUGCUCCGACAUGGACGAGUGCGCUGAUAACGUGAAUCUGUGUGAGAACGGUCAGUGUCUGAACGCGCCGGGUGGAUAUCGCUGCGAGUGUGAGAUGGGCUUCACCCCGACUGAAGACAGCAAGGCCUGCCAGGACAUCGACGAGUGUAACUUCCAGAACAUCUGCGUGUUUGGAUCGUGUCAGAACCUGCCGGGAAUGUUUCGCUGUGUCUGCGACCACGGCUACGAGCUGGACCGCAGCGGAGGAAACUGCACAGACAUUAACGAGUGUUUCGACCCUGUGAACUGCAUCAACGGCGUGUGCGUGAAUCUGCCCGGCAGCUACCUGUGCAACUGUCCGCCAGACUUCGAGCUCAACCCGUCGGGCGUAGGCUGCGUCGACACGCGGGUGGGGAACUGCUUCCUGGACACGCUGGACCGCGGCGACGGAGGCAUCUCCUGCAGUGCUGAGAUUGGGGUGGGCGUGACCCGCGCCUCCUGCUGCUGCUCACUGGGCGGAGCCUGGGGAAACCCCUGCGAACUCUGCCCGCCCAUCAACUCCUCCGAGUACAAAACGCUGUGUCCCGGAGGAGAGGGUUUCCGGCCCAAUCCCAUCACUGUCAUCCUGGAGGACAUCGACGAGUGCCAGGAGCUGCCCGGUCUGUGUCAGGGGGGAAACUGCGUCAACACCUUCGGCAGCUUCCAGUGCGAGUGUCCCGCCGGAUACUACCUCAACGAGGAGACGCGCAUCUGCGAAGAUAUUGAUGAAUGUACGGCACACAUCGGCAUCUGCGGUCCGGGAACCUGCUACAACACGCUGGGAAACUACACCUGUGUCUGUCCGCCAGAGUACAUGCAGGUGAACGGAGGAAACAACUGCAUGGAUAUGAGAAAGAGCGUGUGCUACCGCAACUUCAACGACACCUGCGAGAACGAGCUCUCCUUCAACAUGACCAAGAAGAUGUGCUGCUGCUCCUAUAACGUGGGCAAAGCCUGGAACAGACCCUGCGAGGCCUGUCCCACGCCGGCCACGUCCGAGUAUCAGCUGCUGUGUGGAAAUCAGGCUCCCGGUUUCAUCAUCGACAUUCACACCGGAAAACCCAUCGAUAUCGAUGAGUGCCGCGAGAUCCCAGGAAUCUGUGCGAACGGCGUCUGCAUCAACCAGAUCGGCAGUUUCCGCUGCGAGUGUCCGAUGGGCUUCAGCUACAACAACAUCCUGCUCAUCUGCGAAGAUAUCGACGAGUGCAACAGCGGCGACAAUCUGUGCCAGCGAAACGCCAACUGCAUCAACAUCCCCGGCAGCUACCGCUGCGAGUGUUCGGCCGGAUUCAAGCUGUCGCCCAGCGGAGCCUGCCUCGACCGUAACGAGUGUCAGGAGAUCCCGAACGUCUGCAGUCACGGCGAGUGCAUCGACACUCAGGGCAGCUUCCGCUGUAUGUGCCACAACGGCUUCAAGACCACGCCGGACCUGACCAUGUGCAUGGAUAUCGACGAGUGCGAGCGGCAGCCGUGUGGAAACGGCACCUGUAAAAACACCGUGGGCUCCUACAACUGCCUGUGCUUCCCCGGCUUCGAGCUGACGCACAACAACGACUGCAAUGAUAUCGACGAGUGCAGCGUUCACGCCAGUCAGGUGUGCAGGAACGGCCAGUGCAUCAACAGCAUGGGCUCCUUCAGGUGUCUGUGUCUGGACGGAUAUAACCUGACGCCGGAUGGCAAGAACUGCGUCGAUAUUAACGAGUGCGUGACGCUGCCGGGCGCCUGUCAGCCGGGGACCUGUCAGAAUCUGGACGGCUCGUUCCGCUGCAUCUGUCCGCCCGGAUACGAGGUGCAGAACGACAAGUGUGUGGAUAUCAACGAGUGCAACGUGGAGCCCAACAUCUGUCAGUUCGGCACGUGUAAAAACACGCCGGGCAGCUUCCAGUGCCUCUGUCAGCCCGGGUUCGUGCUGUCCGACAACGGCCGCCGCUGCUUCGACACGCGCGAGAGCUUCUGCUUCACGCGGUUUGAAGCGGGCAAAUGCUCCGUCCCCAAACCGCUCAACACCACCAAAGCCAAGUGCUGCUGCAGCCUGCUGCCGGGCGAGGGAUGGGGCGACCCCUGCGAACUGUGUCCGCGCGAGACCGAGGCUGCGUUCCACACGUUGUGUCCCUAUGGCCACGAGGCUGUCCCGCGACCCGAGGGACGUGAGGACAUGAACGAGUGUGUGGAGAACCCGGGCAUCUGCGGGAACGGCCUGUGCAUCAACACUGACGGCUCGUUCCGCUGCGAGCCCCCCUUCUACAACAACCACUACAACACCCUCAACCAACUGCAUACGGACGAGUGCUCGAUCGGAAACCCCUGUGGAAACGGCACAUGCUCAAACGUUCCUGGUGGCUUUGAGUGUUCCUGUCAGGAGGGAUUCGAACCCGGACCCAUGAUGACCUGUGAAGACAUUAACGAGUGCGCGGUGAACCCGCUGCUCUGCGCUUUCCGCUGCGUCAACACCUUCGGCUCGUACGAGUGCAUGUGUCCGACGGGAUACGUGCUGCGCGACGACAACCGGAUGUGCCGAGACCAGGAUGAGUGUGCGGAGGGGCUGGAUGACUGCGACUCCAGAGGAAUGGCCUGCAAAAACCAGAUUGGCACCUUCAUGUGCAUCUGUCCUCCAGGCAUGACACGCCGGCCCGACGGAGAAGGGUGCAUGGAUCUGAACGAGUGCCGCAGCAAGCCGGGGAUCUGCAAGAAAAGAACCUCCACCAAAACAACACCCAUGUGUCUAACUGGCCUGUUGCGGUUGUCAGAUAACAGGAAGGGCUUCUGCUUCACGGAGGUCCUGCAGACGAUGUGCCAGCAGUCGUCCACUAACAGAAACACCGUUACGAAGUCGGAGUGCUGCUGUAAUGCCGGCCGCGGCUGGGGCUCGCUCUGUGAACUCUGUCCUCUGCCCGGCACCAUCCAGUACAAGAAGAUGUGUCCGCUCGGACCCGGAUACACCACUGACGGCCGAGACAUCAACGAGUGUGAGGUGAUGCCUAACCUGUGUAAGAACGGUCAGUGCAUCAACAGCGUCGGCUCCUUCCGCUGCCAUUGCAACGUGGGUUACACCAAUGACUUCACUGGCACUUCCUGUGUCGAUAUGGACGAAUGCUCUCAGUCGCCCAAGCCAUGUAACUUCCUGUGCAAAAACACCGAAGGAAGUUACCUGUGCUCAUGUCCCAGAGGAUACACCCUACAGCCUGAUGGGAAGACCUGCAAAGAUUUGGACGAGUGCUCAACCAAGCAACACAACUGUCAGUUCCUAUGCGUCAACACGAUCGGUGGCUUCACCUGUAAAUGCCCCUCGGGCUUCACGCAGCACCAGACAGCAUGCAUAGACAACAACGAAUGCAGCAAUCAGCCAAACGUAUGCGGCUCCCGCGCCUCCUGCCUCAACACCCCUGGCAGCUUCAACUGCGAGUGUCAGAAGGGCUUCUCUCUGGAUGCCACCGGAAUCAACUGCGAUGAUGUCGAUGAAUGUGGCGGAAACCACCGGUGCCAACAUGGUUGCCAGAACAUGUUGGGAGGAUUUCGUUGCGGAUGUCCGCAGGGUUAUGUUCAGCACUACCAGUGGAACCAGUGUGUGGAUGAGAACGAAUGUGCCGGGAACCAAGUCUGUGGGUCUGCAUCUUGCUAUAACACUCUGGGCAGCUAUAAGUGUGUGUGCCCAUCAGGUUUCGACUUUGAGCUCUCUGCUGGCGGAUGCCAGGAUGUUAAUGAAUGUUCCCUGAACAAUAACCCCUGCAGCUAUGGCUGCUCCAACACAGACGGGGGAUACUUGUGCGGAUGUCCCGGAGGCUUCUACAGAGCAGGACAAGGGCACUGCAUCACAGGAGUGGGCUUCCAGGGUCAGUUUGGCUCAGAGGGAGUGGAUGACGAAGAGUCAUUGUCACCAGAGGCCUGCUAUGAAUGCAAGAUCAAUGGUGACCUUGGAAAGAAAGGUCGGCAUAGGCGUAAUACUGGCGAUAAUGAGCUCAAGGAGACGGUGAGCUUGGCCAGCAUGGAUGUUCAGACCUCUAUCCCCAUGAACCUCAGUCUGGCACAGCUGCAAAACAAGGAACCCCUACUUGAGUUGCUCCCAGCCCUGGAGCCGCUUGAGCACCAUGUGCGCUAUGUCAUAACACAUGGAAACCAAGGCGAACACUUCCGCAUCCUGGAGCGUCGCGACGGGAAGAGUGUUCUGCGGCUGGGCCGAAAGCCACCCCCUCCAGGUUUGUACCGCCUGGAGAUUGCCAGCUUGCGUCUGUUCGGUCCGCGCAAACUUCAGCAAAUGGAGGACCAACAUGACAGCGACUACUUGCUGGGUGAGAUUGGCGAUGCACUGCGCAUCAAGCUGCACAUCCACCUGCACUGAGACUGACCAUUGACCCCAUGCCCUUCACUGCAGGGCGUAGGCUCUGAGAGACUGUGUCCAUUUACCGCCAUGUUUUGGGUUUGUUUUUAUUUGCCGUACUUUAAUGUCAGCCCCCAACCGACUCCACCAGGUUGGGUGGAAUAUGUACAUAUACCACCUUAAAUUAGUAGGAGUGCGUUAGCACUAGCUUUAGCACCCACUUUUACCAGAGGGACAAUCAGAAAUAAUUUUGUAAGGACGAUUUAAUUUUAGUAUGGCUAUUACAGUUGUAAACUGUCAAAAUUAUCAUGAAAUGACAUUUCAGUCUUUAGUGCACAUAAAAACGUUGCAUUAUAGAUGAAGAAAAAUAUAAUGACCAUUCACUCACCUCGAUAUCUCAGUGUAAACUGGGGUCAAAGUUUAUUCCAUUCAGUAUUUAGAGUCAUUUGUCAAGUAUUGUGCUGUCUUUGAAAAAAGAAAAAAAAAGGUCACACAAAGGACUGCAGCAAUUUUUCAGGUUUAAACACGAGUCGAGGGUUCAAACUGCUUAUGGUUCUCAAAACUGAAAGUCUUUUUACACAAGAUUUCUGGGACUUUCUGGAGUGUUUGCAUGAGCUGCCACAUCGAGUUACCUCAUUUUACACACAUACAGUUAGGACAGGAGUGGUGCUAAAUGCUCAAAAUUUGCACUGGGCCUCCUCUGCGUAUUUAAUCAGGGAAAAUUCAUUCCAAAAGUGGCAACAACUGUCCAAAGGUUUUUUGAAUAUGCAUGUGAUGUUGCAAAAACCAUUUUCUUCUCCAUACUUGUGUGCUCUUGUCUGUGUAUUUGACAAAGACGUGCUUGGCAAACAGAGCACAUACAAAUGGAGAACUGGAAGCCUGCUGGGUAAACCAACCAGAGGCCAUUUUUGAUUGCAGCUGGAGAUGUGCAUUCUCAAUGGUACAUAAGGAUUGUUUGGCAAGCCGUCCUCCAAAACACUCCAGAUAUGGACAUGCAAACACACAUUUUCAACUUUCAAGUGUAGGAACGAUGACUAGGCAACCCUCGUUUCUUAGUUUCACCGUAACCGCGAGCAAACAAGGUGCUAAGAUUCCAACUUACGCUGUACUACAAACUGAUUUGUGGAUCGCAAACGUGACAUUUUCAAAGGUCUCUUGUGUUUUAUUUUAUUUUUUAUUUCAUGUGUGAUUGUCUUUUGUACUGUCUCAAUGCUGAAAAAUCAAUACCAUCAAAGCUCGUUGAAAAUUUUAAUUGUAUAUUUUAAAGUGAAAUGUAGUUUUUGUUUGUAUUUCUUCUUCUGUAUUCUCGAGAAUCAAGACUACCAAACCAAAUAUUUACUUGUACACAUUAGAUAAAUAGCCUUUAAGAGCUGUUGACUUUGUUUUUCCUCUGAAUACGGACAAUUAAUGAUCACCGCGUCCUUAAUUUACUGUCACUGAGCACUACGUGACAUCACUGUUUACAUGAGCUUGUCCAUCGAUCAUCUAAAUGAAUAAUACUGUAGUUUAUUGCAACGACCAGCAACAUUGGACUGUUUUCAAAGGCUGUAAACAAAGUGAUUUUGGUGCUAGAAUGACAAAACUGUUUCUUGAACAUCACAGUAACUGCACUGUACGACAGCCUGAGCUAUAUUUAUGCAUAACCAUUUGUCUAACUUGGGAACUUUGUAUACUUUCAUAUCUUUUGAUUUUGUUGAUGCCACUACAUGUAAAAGAGCGAAUGUGCGUGACUGUACUGUAUGUCAAAAAUCAGCAGCAAACUUGAAAUAGUCAUCAAGCUAGUGUUGAGUUACGAACUUCAGACCAAAGAAAGUGGACCGGGUCGCUUAGUAUGUUGUCCCAUACCAUAAAUCUCAGAGGUGCAUUGAUUAUGGCAUCUGUAUGAAUUUUUUAAGCCAUAAAGAUCCAUGACGGAGAAACCUGAGCACCCCGUACACUGCUAAUGAGUAAUUCCAAAUGCAUUGUUUUUAUACCAUUUUUGAUCCAUCUGUUAGAUCCGAGUGAACCGCACAAUGUUUGUGAACAUCUGUACGAAACAACAAAUGGCAAUAAAACAACAUGGGUUAUAUUUUUAAACCUUUGUCUUUCUGUUCUCUGUGUGCAAAGGCCAUUUUAGCCACGUUGAAGAGAUCUAGUGAGUGUAUCCAAGUGGAAAUGGCUUAUUGAUCUCAGAAGGCUGGCCACUUCAGUACACUUUGUCUUGAAGAUAUUGGAAGCCUUAAGUGAAUAAACCCAGUUUUAUUUCAGACAAAAGGGAAUUAGGAAAAUAUCCAAUCUACUUACAAAACUCACAAAGCAAUGCAAGCUCCUCUGUUUCUUGGCAUAUCAACAUUCUUUGCACAUCCGUCCAAAUGAGAGCUACAAAUUCAAGACGACACAUUAGCAAAAAGGGAACUCCAAAUCUGAGUGGGGAUAUAAAAAUAAAGCUUUCGGUCGAUCUAAACCUCUCUUAGAUCACAACGGUUUCAGCUUGGCAGAUUAGCAGACAACCAAUGACAUGUACACCCUCGAGAUAUGAGAUCAUAUGGCUUAUAUACACAGUCAAAGGACAGGAAAGAGUCAAACAGCAAUAAUACAAGGACUGAAGUUCUGAAGUCUUAAAGGGAUUUUUGCUCCAAAUCCAGAACAUCCUCAGAAAUCUAUAAAGCACAGAGUUUAGAAUGGGUCUGUCGAAGGCAGCAGGUAUGUCGGACAUCCUCGGACUUUCCAACAAUACUGAAGUUUUCCUUAAAGA